UGUGCUCACUGUCUGUUCUUCUUUUUUCCUCCUUUAGGUUCGGAUAGCAGCCAUCUUUCCCUCCUCUCGUUAGCUUCCGCGUCUGGCGAGAUCUUGCAACAGCGCUUUUUCUUCUGUGUGUUGGCAUCGUCUGAGUUGAGACACAGACGCAGACACAGACAUAGAGAGACAGACCGCCCCUCACUCUCCAACGGUUCCCAACGGUCACUGCCCACCUUACCUAGUUCAUCUUGAAUUGUCUUUUCAAGAUCGAUCUCACUUCACGUCAAACCUGUCAAACACUAAACCCCAACGUCAACUCAUUCGCACAUCACCAACCUCACUCACCAGCCAACCACCAAAUCUACAACCAUUCCGCCCCAACGCAACCCCGCCGCCGCAAGAGACGUCGACCCCGUCUCGUUUGCCAUCAUGGCCAUGGGACUCCAACAGCAGCAACACACCCAGGGCUCGCCGCCCAUCCACUUCCCCGGUGACUUUGUCGAGUACGGCCAACAGUACGACAACAACAGCGGCAACCACAGCGACCCGUCUAGUUCGCAACAACGUCAAUCCCGCGGCGAGGGAGGCAGAAACGGCCGGUAUCGAAGACCCCGUUCCCCUUCCCUCGACGACGAUUCCCGCUUCACUACCGGGCCCAGCGGCGGUGAAGAUCCGCGGGCCAGCUCAGACGCUGCGCUGCAUGACGCUGUGCUCGCGCAAGCGCCCCAUCAACAGGUGAGUUAACAGAUGAAAGUUCAAUAGGGGAAAUUCUGAAG